UUACAAAAAUACCGGCUCAGUCUGUCGCCAGGAUUUGUCUCGUGGUGACCUUCUUGUGACAGGUCAAGUGUGAGUCCCGGAACCGCUCCCGUCCGAGAUGUCAAACAGCAAUAAGCGUAUUCUCUAUGUGGGUGGUUUAGCCGAUGAGGUUACGGAAGAUGUGCUCAGAUCUGCCUUUGCCCCAUUUGGAGAGGUAGUUGACAUCCAGAUUCCACUUGACUAUGAAACGGAAAAGCAUCGCGGGUUUGCGUUUGUUGAAUUUGAGCUUCCUGAAGAUGCUGCAGCAGCAAUUGAUAAUAUGAAUGAAAGUGAGUUGUACGGUCGUACGAUCAGAGUCAACCUUGCAAAGCCUCAAAAGGCGAAGGAAGGUUCUUCACGUGCUGUUUGGGCGGAUGAUGAGUGGCUAAAUAAAUAUUCUGGUGCAACAUUAGAGAAGGAAAAGGAAGGUGAAGAAGAGGCUAAAGAAGGUGAAGAGAGUCAGGAAGGGCCAUCAGAAGGAGUGAAAAGAUCUAGAUCUGCUGAGGAGACUGCUGAUGAUGAGCCAAAGACAAAGAAAAAGAAGACUAACCCACAAGUUUACUUUGACGUUAAAGUGAACAACAACUUGGUUGGACGUAUCGUCAUGCAGCUCAGGGCAGAUGUUGUUCCUAAAACUGCUGAGAAUUUCCGAUGUUUAUGUACACAUGAAAAAGGAUAUGGAUACCAAGGGUCCACAUUUCACCGUAUCAUCCCAGGGUUCAUGUGUCAAGGAGGAGACUUCACGGAACACAAUGGGACAGGUGGCCGAUCCGUAUAUGGUCCUAAAUUUGAAGAUGAGAAUUUUCUUUUGAAGCACACUGGUCCUGGGAUACUUUCCAUGGCAAAUUCUGGCCCAAACAGUAAUGGUUCCCAGUUUUUCCUGACUACUGAAAGAACAGAAUGGUUAGACAAUAAGCACGUUGUCUUCGGGCAGGUUAUGUCUGGCUUAGAUGUUGUGAAAAAGAUUGAGAAAUGCGGUACAAGGUCAGGUAAACCCACUGCAAAAGUUGUGAUCUCAAACUGUGGUGAAUUAGUAUAAAUCACUCUUCAGAAUAAGCUCAUUGGAUCAUUGGAAAUAAAGAAGACAAUGGAUCAAGUUUUUAAGAAGUACUACUGCAAAUUAAUUAUAGUUACAGGAUUUGCAGUUUUCAAAUUGAUUUAUAUUAAAUUGAUUCUAGAUAUCCUGCAUAUUUAUAUAUGAAUGCCAAAUUAUUGGUGUCAUGUAUAAGUUGUCCAGUGUUGUGCAGUUGUGCAACCUGAAGUAUUUCUAAUGAAGGAGGCAGUUGACAUAAACUGCAAAAAUGCACGUCUUUAAUUUUUUUUAGUCUUCAGUGAUAUAGUACUGUAUAAUGAAUCCAAAAUCAGCAUCUCAUCUGUAGUGCCUACUUUAAUAUGACCUUGGAUGGAGUCUUAGGAUAUCACACCUUUUAUUAUUACAUUACGUAUACAGUAGUACAUUAUACGUAAGGUUAUCAUCUUAUGUGUGAGCAUAUUUGAAGUAUGCUUCAACUUUGAUGUAACCAUUAUAGUCAAGUGGGAGAUCAUCCAAGUAUUAUUUACGCAAAAAACUAUAUUUAGACAGUCAUCACAGUGUUAUGUUGGAAGUGUUGUGAAAUACCAGCACAGUUAAAGUGGACUUUAGUACAACACUGUUUCAUGCUUUGUGACUUCCACAAAGGUGGUUAUUUUAGAUACUGUAUCUCCACGAAUUUUAAGUUUUUCCAGUUUGACUUUUACUACUGUGUAACCUAGCAAUAGGUGGGACACAUUGCCAAUUUUCUUUUGCGAGAACUUUUUUUUUUUCGAUCUAUGCUGAUUCAGUGCAUGAUCAUUUUGCUUUCAUUUCUCACUUCUGAGUUUUCUUUGUAUAAGAAUGAAAUUAUGAAUAACUUCUGAGUUGUACAUGUACACAUGGUCUGUUCUUCUCGAAGUAUAAAAUUGUCAUCUUGGAGAGAUUGAACCAGUGAGUUUUAUUACUUUCAGUAUACAGUAGAAGUAUGAUCACUACAGCUUUCCCCUUAAGCCAUUUAAAGUGUAUUUUUGAAAAUUAACAAUAUUAAUUUGGAUUUGCCUUAACCUGAUGAAAGCAUCUCUGUCACAUAUUCAUAAUUUUUGCACUGUAAUGAAUAUAGAAGUGAUUUAAUUGUAAGAAUUUGAAGAUUACAGUGAAGUAGGAAUAUGGUACUUGAAAUAAAUUCUGAUAAGCUUUCAGUUAAAUUCAAAGUUCAGGUGCUCUCCUCAGAUGUUUUUAUUUUCCAUUAUUAGAACAGUCAAGUUGAAUCCUUCUAACUUGAAUACCUAGUAUUUUUAUAUAAAAUUAUAUUGUACAUCAAGUACUUUCCACAGGUAAUAGGAAAUCAAGAUACAACUACAGAUUGUAUCUUGUUGCUACCUCAUUUUUAUUCUUGUAAUUAAUGGUGUCCUGUUUGCUAAAUUUAAAGCUUUCAGGUAUGUCUUUGAUAAUCUUGUUUUGUUCAAGAAGAUACUGAGUUUUUGACUGCUGAAUUGGUAUUUUCAGUACAGUAUAUGAGUUUGUGCCAGCUAUACUGGAAAUAGUCUGUAGUGAAAGUAUAAUAUAAUGCUGCUUUUUCAUAAUGUGAAUAGAAAAUGUAAAGCAGGAGAGUUUAUUAUAUUUUUUCAUAGUUAAAUUUUGACUUAUAACCUCAUUUCCAUUGUACUAUCACAUUUAUUUCAGUAUUUUACUACUACUAUGGCACUAUUUUAUUAAAUACAAUAUUGUUCCCCUGGGAAUACCCUUUUAAGUAUGUAGUAGUAUCCCUCAGCACGAGCUUGAAUUGAUUGUUGAGACUUCAUAACAAGGUGGUUAAUUGAAUGAAGGUGUGGUAGUGAGGUACCACCGACUCACGUGCCAGGCUCCAGCACUUCUUUGGCUGGGGUUGAUUAUUGACAUCUUGUUCCUCGUAUGAUUGCACAUAAAAGUCUUCUAAAGCAAGGAACCCAAUCUUCUAGAAAGGGCAAGGCAAGAGAAAAAAGAAAGGGGAAUACCAAGGUAGGCAGUUCCCCUCUCCAGUUGUCACAGGCAGGGUGAUACUUGUCAUGCCAUUGGGCAGUGUGGCAAAGCCCCAAGUAAAUUUUGCUCUUCAGGACCGUGACUACCUUUAAAGGAGGGAUGCAGUCCCAUCUUGGUUACUGAUCCAGUUUCUGGCCUAACAUCAAGAUCUUCCAAAGUUCUCGCUCAGUUGGCUUUCUUGGAGGCUGGAGACCAAUCAUUAAUUUCUUGUACAUAUGAGUUAAUGCUCAGAAUCACUUCAAAAGGUAAACUAUACUCAGUCUUUGUUGGAUUUCAGUGGAUCUGAAGGACACACUUCCAAUUACUUGGCUAUUAGUCAUCCAUGAAGUACCUCCACUAUAGUGCAGAGGUUACCAGUUCAGAGCUCUGCUUCAGAUUGGCAGCAGUCCCAUCAGGUAUUCAUGUGAAUGUUCAAUUCUUUUACAUUUUGGGCUGAUUUGCAAGGGUUAUUAUAGUGGAAUGGGGUAUGGGAACAGUGUUUGCCUGUCUGGCAGUGCUCCACUAGUGUGGACGGCUUAAGGUACUAGGAUGGCAUAAUGCCGAAGGUUAAGCAACUGGCUCUCUCUUUUUGUAUGGUAGCAGACAAGCCAAGAAUGUUUCACAUAGCAGGGGCAUCCUACCUUAAAAGUUGUCUGAUAGUCUCAGUUCAACCAGCCCAAAUAGUUCCAGAUACUGAAAGGAAAGUGCUUACUCCUGGCUGGUGAGUGGUGGUUUUCCUAGCUCACCCACCUACCUUAAACUAACCACCUGCUUAACAAGCUUAAAUAUGAGGCUCAUUCCAGCUUGCACUGGGGGAUACACCUACAUAAAAGGUUCUUGUUUGUGUACUUAGGAGAGAAGUUAUAAUUUGAAAUUUUAUAGUGUCUUAUUUGCUAGCAUUUUUUCUUGCAGUAUUUUCUCAUGCAGAACAUAAGUAAUGUUUUUAACAAAAAAUAUUAUAUAACAUUCUCUGUCAGGGCAUCACUUCUGUUUUAUUUAAAAUUUAAACUUGUGGCCAUAGAAUUAUCUUUUGGAAUACUUGUGUCUGUUUUUAAAUAUACAGUACUAUUUGUAAACAUAAGACUGAAGGCACUGUCUAUUUUUUCACUUAUUGUAACUCUUGAAAAUCAUUUAAUGAUUUAUCUCCACAAAUUUAAAAGACAUUUAGUCUUUAUUUGUACAGUAUAUUGUUAUAAACAUAUUCCUUUCCAUAUAAUGUUUUAUUU